AGGCCCAAAAGUGCGACCCCUGUGGCCAUCACGGCCCUUGCAUUAGCCUCAUGAUUGACAGUUCCAUGGAAUGUGAUUCUACGUGGCGGUCUUGUUGACAUAUAAAGCUGUCUGUUCUUCGGUCUCUCUUCUCUUGCUACUCACUCAUUCAUCUCAUCAUGUUCUCCCCCUCCCUCCUCUUCUUCUCCCUUCUCGGGACCCAAGUGUCGGCUCAAGAUGACCUCUCCAAGGCACGACUGGGCAUCAACGCCCUGAAUCAAUGGUACAACACCAACACCGGCCUCUGGAAUACGGUCGGCUGGUGGAAUGGCGCCAAUUGCUUGACCGUCGUGGCCGACCUGGCCCUUGUUGACGAUGGCUCCCGGGAUGCCGCCGUCAGCAUCUUCUCCAACUCCUUCAACGUCGCCCCUAGCCAAAACCCCUUCCCCGACCUGGAUGGAGGCGAAACAUCCAACCCGGCCAAUUCGUCCGCCUGGACCGAUGGCUCCUACGACGAUGAUGGCUGGUGGGCGCUGGCGUGGAUCGCAGCAUAUGACAUCACCAAGAAUCAGGACUAUCUCAAUGUAGCGAUCGGCAUCCAUGAUCAGCUGAGCACCGAUGGCCCGACAGGCUGUAACCACGGCGGCAUUUUCUCGGACCACAACCACAACUAUGUCAACGCCGUCACGAACGAGCUGUAUUUCUCGGUCGCUGCGCAUCUGGCGACGAGAGUAAAGGACAAUCAGCGAUUUAUCGAUUCCGCGAAGCGCCAGUGGAAUUGGUUCCGCAACAGCUCGAUGAUCAACGAGGAGGGGACGAUCAACGACGGACUUACCUCGGACUGCAAGAACAAUGGGCAGACUGCCUGGUCCUACAACCAAGGAGUCGUGCUCGGCGGCCUCGUCGAACUCAACAAAGCGUCCCCCGACGACUCGUAUCUCCCCACCGCCGCCAAAAUCGCCAAAGCCGCCAUCAAACUCCUCGCCGACGCAAACAACGUCAUCCACGAGUCCUGCGAGCCAGACUCCUGCGACGGCAACUCCACCCAGUUCAAGGGGAUUUUCAUCCGAAAUCUCCGCCUGCUGCACGCCGCCGCGCCCGACGAUCUCUAUGCAAAGGUGAUCCGGGCGUGUGCGGACAGCAUCUGGAACAGAGACCGCAACAAUGCCACGCAGUUUGGUGUUGACUGGUCCGGGCCUAUUACUAGCCAGCUGGAUCCGUCGACGCAUAGUUCUGCUAUGGAUGCGUUGGUCGCUGUUAUUGGGCUGUGAUGUAUAUAAUUACGUAUUAAAAUUGCAUGACUUGACUAUUUACCAGACUUUGUAUUGAGGGAUUUAAAUAAGAUUAGACUAUGGUAAUUAUACAUGCUAGUAUGCAUGUACAUGGACGAAUGCUGCAGCCUCAUUCCCCCGACUAAUGCCCUAUUCCUUUCAAUCACCAAUAUCCUAUUUGAUCACAGUGAUCGGGUUUGUAACCGCUCUCAGACAUCAAGAUCAGCAAGCUUCAUCGAAUUGAUUAGGUGCAAUGCCUGCUGCCUGCUGCAAAUGAUGCGAUGUCCUUUCCGGA